UGUAAAGAUACCUCUUCCCCGCCAUCGGCAGAACCCCGAAUCCCUCAACAACAACUCCCUCCCUCUUGCAACUCCACCCAUCCAGUCAACAUCGCAUAAGGAAAAGGUCAAACAUCGGCAUUAUGGCUGAUACCCCUUCCCUUCCGCCGCCCCUCGACCCCCGCGAACACUCCAUCCUGGGGACGCUCCAGCAAAUACGAGAUGAAUUGACCCUCCUUAAACAAGACAGGACAACCUAUGUCAAGUCCACAGAUGUUAUGAUACUUUACGACAGAGUGAUGGAGCAGGUCAAAUUAUUGAAUGACAUCCGAUCCGAGAAGCCGGACCAGGAGACUCAAGUGGACCGGGUUUUGGAUAGUUGUUUCCAACUGAUCUCCUUGUUCUUUAUGACCAUUGGCAGAAACAACGAAGCGCCAGCCGCAUACGCCUUGACUUCUACCAUAAAACGUCUACUGGACCAUUUGACUGAGGUGGGCUUGUAUUCGGCGAAGGAUUUGGACCAUAUUUCUGCUACCCUGCAAAAUCUCAGACAAAUUGUACAAAAAGCCGAAGCUUCCUACUCCCCGAAACUCAUCACUCUCCUUUCGAACCGACUCGAUGUAUGCCAAGGGCUCCUCACAAAUCUCCUGUCAAGGCUUGGAAGACUCUCUCAUGAUCUCCCUGCAAUACACGAAAAGUUGAUCUCAAUACUGCGGUCGAUAUCCCUUGCAAAUACGAGGUCGAAGUUUUCAAGUUCUGAAGUUCAGAAACUUCAAGACCAGCUAAAAGAGAUAGAUGCGCAAAGGGUUGAUAAUAAAUUUGUGACGGUCAGUGGCGAGGUUCCUGCAGGCAAUGAUGAAGUCUGCGAACUGUUGGAGAGAUGCCUAGCAUGGUCUAAUAUCGUUCUGAGUCGAAAAGGAGAGUUUCCUGAAGCUUUCCUGCCAACAUAUCAAGUCUUGGUCAAUAUUCGAAAUAAGCUUGAAAAACUGUCCUUGACGCAAGCGUGGUCUUUGCGGGAGACAGACCUGUACGAUUAUCAACGGCAAUUAGAUAGGAUUGAUGAGAGCCGCGUUGAUGGCAACUUCGUCGAUUCUGAAGGGAACUUUGCAGAGCUCUAUGUUCAAAGGACGCUGCUCUACUUAAUCAGGCGAAGCUAUGGGUAUAUCUAUUAUCUCAUGGUCUCCUCAGAACCGGUUUCAGAGGCGCUAUUACCCGUGUAUAAUCAGCUCCAAACACUAAGACGGUGUCUCAUUGAGGUUAAGAACUCUGGGGGAGUCAGCUCACCGAGAGAGCUCUAUCCAUAUAGCAUGAAGCUGAAUUCGAUCGACAACAUGCGGAAAGAUGGAAAGUUCAUGGUUGGAGAGGAAAUUCCGGAAGGGCAGGGGAGUGUGAACGAGCUUCUGGCAGAAUGUUUCGACCUUAGCUACGAGCUUCGAGUGGCUGCAGAGACAGAAGAUAAUGAGGAGGCCUAG